CUAGCGGCAGCGCUGCCCGCAGCCCUUGGCGCCGGGGGAGCGGCGAGGCGGAGCCGGGCCCGCCCCGCGCCGGCGGCCGCUCAGUGCCCGGGCAGCGGCGGCGGCGGCAGCCGCAGGAUCGAGAGGCGGAGGAGGCGGCGGUCCCGGUCCCCGUCCUCCCUUCUCUCCUCAGCGCCCGCCCCGGCGGCCGUUAGCGGCCCGCGCGCUCCCCAACGGUCACUCCGCCUCAGCCGCGGCGACCGUUAAACCGCCGCUUCCGGCCGCAGCCCCCCCCCGCCCCCCACCCCCUCCCCAUCACCUCACCUCAUCUCAGGGGCUGAGGCGGCCGCCGGGCGAUGAACUCGCUGCUCUUCGGGGAGAUGGCCCGCGCCUUCUCCCCCGGCGCGGCGGCCGCCUCCUGCCCGUUGGGGCCCGGCGGUGGCGGCGGCCCCGGCAGCCCAGCGGCAGCAGCGGCGGCGGCGGCGGCAGCGGCGGCGGGGGGCCCGCCGGUAACGGCGGCGCUUCGUAACGACCUGGGCUCCAACAUCCACCUGCUGAAGGGGCUGAACGUGCGGUUCCGCUGCUUCCUGGCCAAGGUCCACGAGCUGGAGCGGCGGAACCGGCUGCUGGAGAAGCAGCUGGCGGCCCAGCAGAACGAACGCGACCGCCGCCUGCGUUACAAGACCUUCUCCCGCGACCAGGCCGUGCAGACCGACUCCGGUACCUCCCCGUUGCUGCCGCCGCCGGGCCCCGGCCACGGGCUGGCCUGCGGUCCCCUCUCCUCGCCUCCCCAUUACAGCCGUUUGCCCGGCACCAUCUGGAGCUACACCCAGGUGCGGCGUACCGGAGGCGGCGGGUUGGAGACGGUGCAGGGACCCGGUGUCUCCUGGAUCCAUCCGGACGGCGUCGGGGUGCAGAUCGACACCAUCACCCCCGAGAUCCGAGCCCUUUACAACGUGCUGGCCAAAGUCAAGCGAGAGCGGGAUGAGUACAAGAGAAAAUGGGAAGAGGAACUGACAAGAAGAAUGAGUCUGGAAUCUAUGGUAGAAACCUUGCGAGAGGAGGCGCAGGAAGCGGAAGCUCUCCAGGAGGAGUUAAAUGAAAAGAUUGAGAGACUGAAAGCAGAACUUGUGGUCUUUAAGGGUCUGAUGAGUGAUCCCAUGACAGACCUGGACACAAAGAUUCAAGAAAAGGCCAUGAAGGUGGACAUGGACAUCUGUCGGCGAAUCGAUAUCACAGCCAAGCUGUGUGAUGUAGCGCAGCAGCGCAACUCUGAAGACGUUUCCAAGAUAUUCCAGGUGGCUUCCAAGAAGAAAGAACGCAAGCUCACAUCUGAUGAUGACCUCUCUGAACAGGAUGGAGACAACGGCAGGUUCUCUGAUGAUGAGGUCAGCUGUUCGCUGAACAUCACGGAUGAAAUGAAGCGUAUGUUUAAUCAGCUUCGUGAGACAUUUGAUUUUGAUGACGACUGUGAUAGUUUAACAUGGGAGGAGAAUGAGGAAACAUUGCUUCUUUGGGAAGACUUCACAAACUGCAAUCCUUCAAUUGACCUCCAAGGAGAGGAAGAAAACCUGGGAAACUUGAUCCAUGAAACAGAGUCUUUCUUUAAAACGAGAGACAAGGAAUACCAAGAAACAAUAGGGCAAAUAGAGCUGGAAUUGGCCACAGCCAAGAGUGACAUGAAUCGCCACCUUCAUGAAUAUAUGGAAAUGUGUAGUAUGAAAAGGGGCCUGGAUGUACAAAUGGAAACUUGUCGUAGGCUUAUCAAAGGCUCAGCUGACAGAAAUUCUCCAUCUCCCAGCUCUGUAGCCAGCAGUGACUCAGGAAACACAGAUGAAAUUCAGGACGAGUUGGACAGAGAGACGGAUGUGGAGCCCAUGGUCAGCUGAUACGUAGUUGGUGCAUUCCAGUGAAAGGGAAGAUAAAAGAAAAGAUUAAAAAACGAUACACUGAUGGGGGGAAAAAAAAAAGACUUGUAAGCCCUUGCACAGGGUUUCUAAGGACUCAUUCCUACACGCAUCCCCACCCCACCCAAGGAUUGGUGCUGUAAAUUUCUAUUGUUAUACAAAUCAUAAAUGCAGAGUCCUGUAAGAAAACAUGGUGUUUUAAUUGUGCCUUUGCCCCAAGCUGAGCCACUUUGAGCUCCAGUGGAAUAUUAAUAGCAGGUGUUUUUAUAAAAAAUAUUAUUUAAAAAAAUCUGGUAGCAGCAGAGAAUGGUGCUGCAAAGGCUCUGGGUAUUUCAGUAUGGUGAUGGUUUUAUUGAACUGCUGCACUGAUUGGCAAAAGGAACGCUGGCAAAUGAGAAGCAAACCCAAGACAAUUAUGGUACAAUUACCAAUGUCUGGCACAAAACAGAAUGCCUCCAAAUUGAACUGUAAACCUUUAAAAAUAAUAGCGGGUUUAGAGACAGCUUUUAGGAUUAAGCAGUUAUACAAUAUUAAAAGGAAUUUCUUCAUUCCAUCUUUCUGGGUGAAGGAGCCUUUGAGAUUUGUACAAGCUUUCUGCUAGACUCCAGAAUCUGAAGAAGCAGGUCUCAGCUCGGUGGCAAAGCAGGUGGACAAAGGAGGGUUCAGUGGGGUGGGACUAUCACUGAUAAACUACUAUGCAAAAAAAAAAAAAAAAAAAAAAGCUCGCCUUAUUUAUGGAAUGUUUGGUCCCUGCUGGGCUACAGUUAUCUCUUGGGGAAAGGAAAGCUAAAAACACAUUUGCACAUGUUAGUUAUCUGUAGAGCUUCUCUUGAGGAGGAAUGUUGUAUUACAAUGCCUUUGUUUCCAGUGAUUGGAUUAAGAGGGGAAUCAGCCCUUCAGUUCCCAUGUUGGUUUGUGUUUUCUUUUUUCAGGAUUUUUUUAAAAAAAAAAAAAAAAACAUAGUGUUUGCAGAUUUUACUUUGCUGACAGGGAGAUAACUCCAUUUUAUGCUGCUUUCAUGAUGUUUAGAGUGGGAUAGUUGAAGCAUCAGGAUAAACUGACAUGCGGUGGUAUAGAUGUAGGCUUGAGACAUGACAUUGGGAGAGUUCCAGACCACUGUUCUUCGGAAAAGCUGAACAUUGGAAAAUACUGUAAUCCUUUUUUUAGGGUCUAGUAAAAUGAAUCCCAAACUACUGCUGCCCUAGAAUUAGGGAAGAACAGCCAUGUGCUUUCUCUGUGAGAAAGUGAGAAGACCUAGGCUUUGUCAAUCUUUCUGUAUUUUUACACUGAGAAAGCAGCAUCAAAAGUCAGAUCACUUGGUGGUGUUUGAGGAAACUCUGGCGUCAUCAAGCUGUUCAUGGUUAUUAAUGGGAAUUGUAGCACCUCAGCCAGGUAAAAACAGGGUAUAAACCUCAGCCAAUAAUUUUUUGUUUGUUUUUUAGACCAAGAUUGAAAGUGUAGUUAAUACUGCCUAAAGGUAACUGUGUAGUUAACUAGCAGUUGCAAGACUUGGAGUAAACACCAAAUGUAUUCUUUUUCCUGCCAGGAAGCAUAGAAACUGCUAUGUAGGAGCAGUGCUAGGACUGGACAGGGAAAUACCCCAUUUAAGCACCCUCUCAGUGUUAUGUAAAGGUAAGCUGGCCAAUUUUUUUAGCUUCCUGAGUAUUGUUUCCAAGCCUCCCUUAUGUAUUGAUCUGAAAUCAGCAGGGUUGCAUUGUAAGCAUUGUAUGCAUUGUAAGCAUACAGCCAGUAUAGAUCAGCGGUGCUCUCUUCCAAAAAGAGCCCAAGUGUCUUGGCAAAUGGCGCGUUCCUGGGCAGAAAUGCGUCUCUGUCUUGCGCAGCCAUGCAGAGGGGCAGGACCUCGGAGGGUUUCUGCUCACACUGUAACUGUGGGUACAGUAAUGUCUUCUCCAUUUGAGUUUCCUGUGUUGCUGCCUGGAGUUUCAUCGCUGUUCAGAUCCAUCUCCUCCUUGCACACGAUGGUGCUUUUAGGCCACGUGAAUCAAAUGGGCUCCCUGUGUUUUUCAGUGUGGGGAGGAGUACUGGGAUGAUCCAUCUGGAUCCACAAUGUGGAGGCCACGAUCCACAAUUGAUGGCUUCUGUCCAAGAAAAUAGAUCCAAGGAUAUUCUUGGGGUUUCUUUACUGAUUGCAAUACUCAGUGCAGUUAUUCAUAGAGUAGCUAACAACUUCUUGGUUCCUGUGGUGUGGGUUAGGGGCUUUUUCAAAGCCUGUUUCAUCACGUAAAUGUAGAUAACUUUUCUCUGGAAAAGAAACCUUAUUCCAAAGUGCUCAUUCCUGUUAUUUCUUAGGUGGCCAAAGUGGUAAAUGUCAUGUUCACUAGGGCUGCAAGUUGGGGUGGGUGGGUGGGGGCAAGAGAUGUGACAUUUUUUUGAGGGGGCUGGGAUUGCAUGUUUUCAAUAAAGUACUCUUAAGGUUUUCAAGCCUGUAUGAACUUCAGCUGCUAAUACAUAGUUUCUCACGAGGCUGAGAAACCAUCUGCCAAAGCUGAAUGUCUGUAAUGCUUUAGUGACUUUGGUGGAGGCAUUGUUAAGCAAUCUACUUGCACAGUGAAUCAGCCUUGUCGGAGGCUGUUGUUCGGCUCUCCUCAAUUAUGAAAUGCUUUUUGGUACUGGAGAAACUGAGCAAUUUUAAUGGCCGUCCGGCUUAGCUGCUGGUUUUUUUUUUUUGUGUUUGGGUUUUUUUUCUUUAAAACUCAGUGUCCUAGUAGGAAAAAGGCUGAGUGUUUUUGAAACUAGUAGCUGGUAUGCUGAGGGUAGGAAAGAAUAUCCUUAGUUUGACACUGAGCGCCAAGGGAAGAAGCAGAAAUUCAGCUGUCGAAACAAGCUAGCUGUAACCUACAGUCUAUCUUGUAGCCAUAAUUAUGAGGAGCAUCUGUAAUAGGGUUGCAUUUGUUGGUAAGUGUAAGGGAUGUGGGUGUAUAGUAGAGGGUAUAGAAAUAAUGUGUACGAUGGUGAUGUGUAUGACGGUAAAUUACCACUGUUGCUGGUGUCUGUUUCUUAUAAUCAUACGUAAUCCAUUCUUAAGGAAGAAAAGGUGUUUUCAUACUUGGGAUUGGGGUUUUAUUUUCAUUUAGGCUGUAUAGGACUUGGUGGAUCAACCUUUUGGGAGUUAUGAGGGUUGGUCCUUGAUAGUUUCCCUAAGGAGGUCUUUGGUUUAGUUUCAAGCGAUGCUGCUGAUUUAGCUGACAGUGGUCCUGUUCUGUUUGCGUAUAACCACUCUGUAGAAGCCAGAUCAAAAGCUUGCCAGAAAAAAAUUGUGAAAAUGCUGGAAAUGAUUUUGAUGACCUCUUUCUUUUUCCUUUGUAAAGCUGUAAAUACUUUAUUUUUGUUUUCUAUUCUUAAUGUGGUGUCAUAUUGACACUUUUUUAGACUUACAAUCAGAAAAUCCUCCUCAUUGUUUCUCAUUUUUUAAAAGGGGAUUUCAAGGAAGCAAAUUUUUUUGCUUGUUAGCGGUGUAAUAAUAUAUCAAAUUCCUAAAAUGGGUUUGUACAAAAAGUGUUUUCAGUAAACAAAUGGCAGUUGCUUUUGUGGAUGCAUGUUGUUCAAAAAUGUCCAAAGAAUAAUGUGGUACAAACAUUUUUUCAAAGACUUAGUAAUUAUCAUAUUAGUUCACACAAUGAAAAAACAAAAUUCUUUAAAAAAAAAAAAAGUGUCGGGGGGGAAUGUAAUGAAACUCAUCUAAGCUAAAUGUGUAAUCUAUUUAUAAGAAACACAGUAUAUAUUCUAUUUUUAUUAGAGGUUUUUAAAGUGCAAACAGAAUUCUGUUGGCAAAUGCAAUUAUUCCCUUGUAAAAUAUCUUCUGCUCUGAUGGGACUCCAAAUUCUCAAACGGUUUCAAGCGACAACACAGAAACAACCUCACAGGUAUGGCUGUGAAGCACUUGCCCAUCGCUUCCUCGGAGCAAGAGGGGGAGGGAAAGAAAAACAGGUUAACAGCUUUUCUGCAACUGCAGAAUUAUUGCUGUUUCCCCUGGUGUUUUUUUUUCUUCCUCCGAUUGCGAGGCAUUCUGCUGGAGACGGUAAGAACCUCCGUUUGCUCCCCUUAAUACUGGGGGUGAUUGCAGCACAGUAGUUUUAAAAUCUGCCCCAGAGUGGGGUUUGUGUUCUACCUGGUUGGAAGAUAAAUUGUGUUUGUCUACACAGGUAUAAAUUGGAAUUAACUUGAUGAAACAAAAUAAUCAGAAUCAUGCCUGAAUAUAGAUCUAAAGCUGCUUCUAAUUAUGAGGUUGUGGUUUUUUUGCUUAACCAUUCCUGCCAGCAAAAAUACAAGUUGGGUCAUCAGUCCGAGGUUGGCUGAGGAAAAGCCACGGUGAUCAGUGGGUGCUCAUAGCCUUGCCACAGCGCUGCAGUCUCUCUAAAGCAGCUAUUUCCUUAUGUUACCCUUGGCUCUGGAAAAAAAUGGAAGAAUGUUUGUGUUGGAGCGCGUGAGGAAGAGAACUGCAAUACUGGGAAGUCUCUCGAUUGUGUUUCGCAUUUGAGAGUGCUUCAUUUUAGAGCUGAAUGUUUAAAGCGCGAUUUAUCACAGCAAAAUUAAGAAAUGAUAGUGCUUCCAUGGUGUAAUAAUACCCUGAUGAGGAUUUUCCACAUUUUGCUUCAGGACUUUGGGUUUUUUAUUCUUUUGCACUGCUCCAGGACUUGGUUGCAGGGGAACACGCAGGCUUUAAAAAUCUUUGCCUUCAGUGUUAAGUCACCCAAAUGCUUGAUUUUAAGCUUUUAGUAGAAUGUAACUUCUGUCAGUUUUGAGUUUUAAAUGCGAAAAGAAAUUACCAAUCCUGGCAACACAUACUAUCCUGGUGUUAAUAAUGCUGGGUUUAGAGGUGAACUAGAAACACUACCUGCCAAAUUCUUAAUUCAGUCCCUUGCCAACCCAUUUCUGGAGAGGGGAGCACGGAAGGCUUGAACACGAGUCUUUGGCAGAGUAGUGAAGAAACACUUGAUUAUUUCUUUUUGUCUGUUUUUGUGUGUAGUUCAGUGUCUUAAGACCCUUCCGCAUUUGCGGGAGCCUUUCAAAGCUUCUCUUUUGAAGAAGCAACAAAUUGUGUUUAAGAAGUGGGUAUUCAAUGCUUCUAGAAAUCACGAUUCCCUCCUAAUUUGAGGCACUCCAACAGUGAAGCACUUUUGUAAGCAAAGGUGGUGCUCGUAGGUCUGGCUGGCUCCGUCUUUGGAGGAAAUAAUGAUGUUAAUGCUUAAAAACCCUGGGGUGGCUUCAAACCUGUGUCAUUUCCAUGGCAGAACGCCCCAGUACCACUGUGCCACCAACCCAACGCCUGUGGUUUGUGGGCUGCCCAAACUGACGGUCCCUGUGCAGAUUUCAUCUGAAAUCCUAAAAUUUCUUUUUUCUUAUUAGAGAGGGUCGAGGAUGAUUAAAAGCUUGGUCACUAGAUGCACUUCUUGUGUAACGUGGUUUCACCAAGAGACACACGAUUCAGUCCUUAAAACACCUUACCUGCGGCUAAAGUGUAUGUAGCUAAGUUCUGCCAAAAAUGAUUAUUUAUUAUUUAACGUGUUUAAGUGGAGGGUAUUGAUGACUCUUUCCCCAUGCUGUGUCACUUCUUGUCAGUUCCUCUUAGGUCAUAUAAGAAUUUCUUUUAUACACAUUAAAACAGACUACUGAUCAGUGUGGAAAUGAACCUGUUUACUGUACUGUUGUAAAUAUUGUGCUUUAUAUUCUGUAUAUUAGCUUCUUUUAAAGAAAAAGACUGAACUGAUGAUGCUAUUUGAUCUCUGGUGAGGAAAGGACAAAGGAUGAACCAGCUCCCAAGCUUGCUCUGGCGUCGAGAUGUAAAUCGAUUUCCUCUGUGGCUGGAAGUCUGUCCUGGGAAUUUGCAAGCAGGCCAAAUGGUACGCGCACUUACUGGUGGUGGAUUUCGGACCAUCAAAGGCUUCAGAAAUCUUAAUCCACUUUAGCAGGGGCACCGAGAAACGCCCGCAGCGAGAGCCAGAAGCAUUCGCACUCCUCUGAGUUCCACCGGAUUAUCUCCAUUUUCCUUUUUUAGUGCCAAAACCGACCUCACCGACCCCUUCCAGGUCUGCUCUCCGGCUCCCCGUACACUGCUCUGGUCUCCCGUCCUGCGUCCGUCUGUCUGUCCGUCCUCAGCCGUGCAGCCCCUCCGGAGCGGGGUUCAUCCUUCGGCGUUCGACCCAUCGGUCGCGUAUCCCACGGGCUUCCCUGCGCCAGGGGGGAGCGCGGGGGCUUGUCGAUGAAAACGGGUUACAGUCGUUCUCUGGUUACAAGGAAAAAAACAAAAACGAACCUAUAAAAUAAAUACCAAACUCCUGGUUAA